AUGCCCCUCCCAUGCAUGUGCCAUGUAGCAGAGGAUUCACGUUCACGUUCUCCACGGGCUGGUGCUGAUUCUCGACGUUGGGUGGCUGGUGGUGGCUGGUGGUGGCUGGUGGGUGUUGGUGAGGAAGUGAAGAAGGUGGGGAGAAUAGCAGCUCCAAUGGUGGUUGCAAGUGUCUUGCAAUAUCUAAUGCAAGUGGUGUCCAUGGUAAUGGUUGGUCAUCUUGGUCAGCUAUCUCUUUCAAGUGUUGCUAUUGCAACCUCUCUCACCAAUGUUUCUGGCUUUAGUGUUUUAUCAGGGAUGGCUGGUGGAUUGGAAACACUAUGUGGGCAAGCAUUCGGAGCAGAGGAAUACGAAAAAGUUGGACUAUACACUUACACUGCCAUUAUAUGCCUCACUUUGCUUUCUUUCCCAAUCACCCUUCUAUGGGUUUUCUUGGACAAAAUUUUAGUUCUCUUAGGCCAAGACCCUUCCAUAUCCCAUGAAGCACGUAAAUACGCCAUUUGGCUAAUUCCCGCUCUGUUUGGUUCAGCAAUUCUUAAGCCCCUAACGCGUUUUCUCCAGACACAGAGUUUGGUUUCUCCCAUGAUGCUAAGCUCCGCUCUUGUUUUGUGCCUCCACGUGGCAAUGUGUUGGAGCCUCGUGUUCAAACUCGGGUUGGGACACGUUGGUGCUGCCAUUGCUUUCAGCGUUUGCGUUUGGUUAAACGUGAUUCUGCUUUUCUCCUUUGUCAGAUACUCCUCUGCUUGUCACAGAACGCGCCUUCCGUUUUCAACCAAUGCUUUCCUUCGUAUCGGAGACUUCUUCCGAUUUGCUGUCCCUGCAGCAGUCAUGGUUUGUCUUAAAUGGUGGGCUUGCGAGAUACUAGUUUUGCUGGCUGGACUUUUUCCUAACCCAACAUUGGAGACAUCAGUUCUGUCCAUAUGCUUAACAAUCUCUACAUUACAUUUCACCAUACCCUACGGGUUUGGGGCUGCUGCCAGCACUAGAGUUUCGAAUGAAUUAGGAGCAGGGAAUCCAGAAGCAGUUCGUGUGGCUAUUUCUGCAUCGAUGUUGCUUGCAGUUGCAGAGGGUCUCAUUGUAAGUGCAACACUAUUCGGAUGCAGACAUUUCUUGGGUUAUGCCUUUAGCAACGAAAGUGUAGUUGUUCAUUAUGCGGCUCUGUUAACCCCUCUGCUAUGUCUCUCCAUUUUUACCGAUAGCUUACAAGCGCUUCUUUCAGGGGUUGCUAGAGGAAGUGGGUGGCAACAUCUUGGAGCAUAUGUGAAUCUUGGAGCAUUUUAUUUGGUAGGAGUUCCUGUAGGUUGCGUACUUGGCUUUGUUGCACAUUUGAGAGCAAGGGGCCUUUGGAUCGGAAUAGUUGCAGGCUCCAUUGUCCAAUCCAUUUUUCUUUCCCUCAUUACUGCUCUUACCAACUGGAAUAAACAGGCAACAGUGGCAAGAGAGAGAAUAUUUGAUGCCAAGCCACAAGACGAAAAUGGAUCAAAUCACAUGACGAGUGCUUAAACCUAGUUGGUUAGAUCUGUCUAACAUAGGCAUAUAUUUUGUUGGAAAGCAGUCACCAACCAGACUAUGGGUUUUUGCCAAACCCCCAAUGUAUGUUAAGUGUGUAGUCUAAGUUCUAAAAUUGAAGUAGUCCCACAUUGUUUAGUUUAACUUACUUAUUAAGUCCCACAUCACUUAGUUUGUAAUGCUUGCCUCUUCCUUAUGCUAUAUAUAUAGAGGCACCUUGUAAGGUUUAA